AUGGUGCUCCGAGCGGUUCGGCUGAUCGUCCAGGCAUCUCUGCUCCUGCAAGUGCUCCAGUGUGGCGCCUCCGUAACUGGUGCUCAAGUAAAUGAAAACUUUGAGAACACUGAGCUUACCUCGAACGAUAAACUGGGAACAGUGGCUCCGGCCGACAUCCCGUCUUCACAAGACGAGAAUCUCAAGAAACAGGAAGAGCGUGGCUUCUUUGACUGGUUUGGCAAUGGCGACGACACGCCUGCCCCGGCUGCUGACGACAACUCCGGUAAAUAUGCGACUACGACACCGAUCCCUGGCACGGCUGCGCGGCCGUCUACGAGUAGUCUGAUGUCAAAGUAUGGUAGUAUGCUCGGUGACUUUACUAAAGACACGACGCCGGCCUCGGAAGCCGAUGAGCGCACAACGAGCGCACGUAGCGCUGCCACCCGUGCCACCUCGGACUCCUCUUCAGGUAGUACCUCUGGCAGCGCGGCAGCAGAAGUCAAGCCGAAGAGAAAGAAGACCAAGAAGCCUGUGGUUGCCGCCGCGUCUGAAAGCGGAGAGAGUGCAAGUGACGACGAUGCCAGCGAGGCGAGCGCUUCGGGCAGUGAGGCAAAGCCCAAGAAGAGGACAACCAAGAAGACGAGGAAGCCGGUCGUAGCUGCUGCGUCGACGUCUGAAUCCGAGGAUGCCUCGACGUCUGAAUCCGAGGAUGCUUCGGGCAGUGAGGCAAAGCCUAAGAAGAAGACAACCAAGAAGACUAGAAGGCCGGUAGCAGCUGCUGCAUCGACGUCUGAAUCGGAGGAUGCUUCGGGCAGCUCGGACGAGUCGGGAAGCGACGAUCUGUCGGAUCUGCUCGGCAGCUCGGCGGGUUCCGGAAGCGAAGAUGACAUGUCGGCCCUUCUCGGUAGCGCGGGAGGUUCCGGGACUGACGACGCCUUAUCAGCUCUGCUGGGGUCGGGAGUCGGUGGCUCGGGUAGUAUGCUUAGUUUCGAAGACUUUAUGAAGAAUUACGGUAGCAUGUUCGGUUCGGGAAGUAGUGCUGUCGACCUGUUCGGAGACCCGAGCACGCCCCAGAACAACACGAUUGACGACGAAGAUAUCAUCCUCGGCGAACUGUACGGUGGCAAGGAGCACGGCGACGCCUUCUCGGACAUCAGGAACAUCAAGUUUGGUCAGAUGAUCCUGAACAUUACAGUUCGCGGUCAAGAGCGCGUGGAUUCCAUUGGUAUUACAGUGAUGACUCAAGAAGCUGUUGGUAACCUUGUGCACGGUGGUGAAGGUGGUACCGAAGGAUUCAUUGAACCGGAGAUGGGUGACACUAUUGAUACCGUCGAAGUACACUGGGACAAGAACAAGGGCAAGACGUGCAUCUUCUACCUCAAGAUGGCGACUUCUGGCGGUAAGACGAUUGCGACGGGAACGAAGACGGCCAACAGCGCCGUCAUCAAGCCGCCCAAGGGCUACCAGCUUGCUGGAUUCCAUGGUCGUGCCAGUAGUUCUGGUAUCUUUUGUAUUGGUGGAAUCUUCACCAAGCAAGACGCGACGGAUCUCGCAGUCACGGACGUGAUGGCCAUCUCCAGUAAGGGCUCUCCUGAUAUCUACAACUACGACACCACCAUUCGUAACUGGGUGGGACCUCUAGAGACAGCGAGUGACAACGCCUGUUACCAGAAGAGAGUCGACGUCAGCAGCAAGGGAAUGUGUCCGUCGGGUUUCAACAAGGACGACGACAGGUGCAUCACCCAAUGUCCUCUCAACUACCCCAUUGACUGCUUGAUGGAGUGCAUGCCUCAAAACAGUGACUGCACCCAGUUGAUUGUCGCUAAGGUUUCCGCCGUCGUUGCUGUCGCUUUAAAUGCCGCUACGAUGGGUAUCUUCGGUACGCUGGUGGCUGCCUACAGAACCGCUAACUUUGCUCUCACCUGCGCCAUCAACGUUGUGAACGCUGUCAAGUCGCUGAUUUACUACCUGCGUUACAAGCAGACCUUGAUCCCGACUACGGACACGGAGAAGUUGAUGGACAAGGCGUUCCAGCUGCAGAUUGUCAUUCUUGACUUGCCUCUGGCUAUCUGUUCUUGCCUGGGCAUCAAGAUUCCUCCUAAGCUCCAGUUCUCGGCUACCAUUCUGGCUGUCGUGUCGGCCAUUGUCAUGAUGGCUGUCAUGGUCGGUGAGGCCCUCUUCGCGUCGUCGAACAACGUCAUGCUCAUGCUUCGUGAGUCGGGCGCUUUUAACACUUCUGCUCUGAACGGAGACACCAUUGAGCUUGAUACGUUCCUCAACACCAAGAACGGCACGUGUGGUUACGAGAUGAGAACUCUCACUAACCGCGUCAUGGGCAAGGUCUACGAAAUCCGUAACAACACGCCGAAUGCUGAUGCCGAUGAUGUACGUGUUGAGGUGAGCAAGUCGUCCAUCAUUACGGAUGACAUCCCCAUUGUGACCAACCACUGCAUGGGUGAUAUCUGGACCAACAAGACGGGCGCGUCGUCGUACAAGACGCGCAACCUGCUGCGUAAGACCCUCAGUGUAAUUGUUGACCAGCUCGUUGAGGACGGUACGACCGAUAUGGGUAAGCAUGUGACCAAGAAGGAGAAGGCUCUCGAAUACUCGAAUAUGGGUCUUUUCGUGCUGUCCAUGUUCGAUCCGACGGGUAUUGCCUGGAUGGCUUCCGAGUUCGUGCAGCCCAUUUGUGGACCCACUGAGUACCUGGGUGAGAUCGAUGAUGGUACGCUGUACGACGCUCUGGGUCUAAACACGGUCGACCAGGCGUUCCUGGGAAGCUACGGUGUGUGGAAGAAGAAGGGUGAUGGCUCCGUCACGGUUUACUUCGAGAGUGUUGACAAGUUCCCUGUGUCUGUGGUGAUCACGUCCGGUGGUGACAAGCUCAAGGAGGUCAAGGUGCCUGCUAACGGCAACGUCACGUGGACAUCUACGGUGGAGGAGCUUGGUGACAAGACUCUUUACCUUGACCGCUGGCGUCCUGGUCUCUUUGGCCUGCCUGGUACGGGCGGUGGUUCGCUACUGAUGUGGAUCCCGCGAUCGUCUGAGGGUGGCCAGCUUGUUCUUCAUGCUCGCUUGAAUGUUAGCUAA